AGCGAGGACUCAAGGAAGACAUGGCAUUCAAAAAUUUUGGAUUUAUUUGUUUCGUGAUAUCAUUCAUUACAACAAUCAGAGAUUUUUGCUUGAUUAUCUUCAGAAUGCUGGAUUCCAGUUUUCAUACAUUCAUUCAUAUUCCCUUAUUCCUCUAUCUUUUCAUCCUUCUGGCUUGAAUCAAUGUUGUAAUGUCACACAAUUAUGAUAUGCUUUAAGUAAAUUAUAACUUAGCUUCAAGAACUGUUAAAUCUAGAAAUUUUUAAUCAGUAAAUUCUCUGAUUCUCUAUAAGUGAAAUUACGUUUGGAAUAACUAUUUUCAGGUAUUUUCAAAACUCUAUGAAUCAAUGAUUAUCCUUACUUGUACCAAUAGCUAUUUUACAUUCCCUUCAGGACUUAUGUAUUCUUGGAAGUUUCCAUAUUAGAUCUUACUUCGAUUCAUUGAAUGAUGAUAUUUACACUGUCAUCCUUCAUAACUCAUUUUGGCUCAUGUUAGUGAUUUACAGCCUUUGAAGCAAAUUGAGACUCAGAAACGUAUGAAAUGGGCUUAAGUCAUGGGAUGAAUGGUUGAUAAAUGUGUGCUUAAGUCUUCAUUUGGCAUUUACUGUGAAUUAUUUUUAUAUAUUUGGAAACGAAUCUCAUUCUUAUUUCAUGAGAAUCUACUUACUGUUACUUUUUGUUUUCUUGCAGCUAGGCCAAUUUAGUAUUUACAUGAUCCAUCAAUCUUAUUUCUUAAGGCCUUACAUCCCUUCUAUUUAUAAAACUAAAAUGAACAAAUUGAGAAUUUUGGAGUAUUAUUCCAAGUCAUUCCCAAAAUCUAAAUACCUGCUUAAUUGAGAUUAUUGUACAAAUAAUUUAUCAGAUUCCAGCUUAGAGUACACUCAGAUCCAGCAAAAACACUUAAAGCUCUUCAGAAAGCUUAAAGAGGUCCAAGGAGUGUAUCUCCAAACAUCUUGCAAUGAGAAUAUGCACUUAGAAUGCUUCUUUAAGAUCAUAGAGAUGGUUCGAAGAUGUCCUAUAUGUAACAAGUAUCUCUC